AUGCCAUCGGAGCCCAAGACCUAUGUGUCCGGGGGACGCGUUCUCUCCAGUCCCCCCGUCACGGUCCGAGUAACUCGCUUCGUUGAGAGUAUCUAUAUCUUCAUCGGAUUGUAUCUUGUUAGCUUGUUCUCGUUGGACCCCUACACAGCCGCCCAGAACUCACGAUUCAACAUCACUCGGUCAGGAAAGACCCCCAAUACCAGUGCUCGCUGGGGAGGUGGUGGCGGAUCCUGGGGCCCUGGAGGAGGAGGCGGCGGAGGUGGACCGGGAGGACCUGGAAGGAGAAUCGGCCGGGUGGAUGAUGUUCGAGGCCCCGAAGGAAUCCAUUGCAGAUUUAGUACUCUUAACGUUCAUACAGCCCCAAAUUCUCGACAGUUGGCCCGACUGUCACUCAUCUAUCACACAAUGUCCACGCCGGAAACCGACGCCGAAUGGGCAGCGCUGAUCUCCAGCAUCCAGCAAUCUCUGCCCACUACCUUCCCCUCAUAUGACAUCUCAUCAGAAAUCAACCGCACAAUCGACCACACCCAGUUAGCUUUGACUGCAACAGAGCAACAAAUCGAUGACCUAUGCCAGGAAGCCAUCCAGCACCAGUUCGCAACCGUCUGCGUCCGGCUAAACCAUGUGUCUCGUGCCGUUCAGAACCUGCAAGGACACCCCGCUGUCGGCAUAGCCUGCGUGGUAGGCUUCCACGAGGGAACCUACACGACGACCGAGAAGACAACCGAAGCUCAAGAGGCAGUGAAGCUGGGCGCAACUGAGCUCGACAUGGUCCUCAACUAUCCCCUUCUCCAGGAGGGGAAGUACGUCGAUGUCUACAUGGAUGUGCUGGAAGUGCGCAACGCAGCCCCUGCGCCAGUCGGUCUGAAGGUCAUUCUGGAGACGUCGCAGUUGACGCGCGAGCAGAUUGUGGCUGGCUCUGUGCUGGCGUGUAUGGCUGGGGCGGAUUAUAUCAAGACUAGUACCGGGUUCAAUGGGCCUGGUGCAAGCGUGGAGAACGUUGCUCUUAUGCGAGCGACGGCGAACCUGGUCGGGAAGGGAACGAAGGUUAAGGCUAGUGGUGGAGUACGAUCUAGGGAGGAUUGUCGGAAGAUGUUGGAGGUUGGGGCAGAGCGAAUUGGGAGCAGCUCGGGGGUGAAGAUCAUGCGGGAAGGAGAAAUCUUUUGUUCGUCAAUUGAACAAGCGUUCGUUCCUGAAAGUUUCUUCGUCCUCUACUUCCUCGCUCUUUCCUUCUCUCUCUCUCGCCUUCCCUCCUCCCCUUCCUCCCGCCGCCCCGUGAUGCGCCGUCCCAACUAUAAGAAACGGAAGACCACCCCCGAAGACAGUGCACCGCGCCACAAUGGCACAACCGACGCCCUGUUUACUGAAAAGCCUUCCGCCAUAUUCACCCCCAAAGGGGGCCGAUCUCAUACCCUCAGCGUUGCUAUUCCUGGUAGCAUUAUAGCCAACGCUCAUUCCAUUGAACAAAAGACUCUUCUGGUCGGUAUAAUCGCACGAGCCCUUGCAGUGUUCUGUGUCGAUGAAGUCAUAGUAUUCGAUGACGAGAACGGUACCUCAUACUUCUACGACCAUGAAGAAUACGAUAGCUCGCCUGCUGCUAGAACCAGCGAGCAGCUUGACGGCAACGCGUCCUCUCCGAAAAGCUGUACCGCCUAUUCGGACCCUUCACACUUCCUGACUCACGUCCUGUCGUAUCUUGAGACUCCACCUUACCUACGCAAACACCUCUUUCCGAUCCACCCCAAUCUUCGCACAGCCGGAUUGCUACCCAGUUUGGACAUGCCCCAUCACCUGCGUGCUAAUGAAUGGUGCGACUUUCGCGAAGGCAUCGUCACUUCUAGCCCUGAUCGAUACGCAGAUCGAAGCAGACAAUCGGCCAGGAACGCCACUCAGAUGAGCAAAGAUUAUCACUCCCCCCGUCAUAAUAGCCCCACUAACAGUGCACAUGCCACGAUCGUGGAUACUGGUCUCUCUCACACAACAACCCUCCCAAACAUCCACCUCCCAGAACAUGCCCGAGUCACGGUUCGCUUCCCCCAGCACGGGUCCGCGUAUGCAGAAGCCGUACAUCCAUCCACCCCUCGUGCAGAGGCAGGGUAUUACUGGGGCUACUAUGUACGGCGAUGUCGAUCUCUCUCCACCGUCUUUACGGAAUGCCCCUUUGACGGCGGCUACGACUUAUCCUUUGGCACAUCCGAACGCGGAGUGCCCGUCUCCACCGUGCUGGAGGAACAGCCUCAAGUUUACGACCAGUACACCGCGCACCACCGCCCCCAUGGCCACGGUCAACCACCAGCAGACUUCCAACAUAUUCUCAUUGUCUUCGGUGGUGUUGCUGGAAUUGAAGCUGCCGUCCGGAACGACUUUCAACUCCGCGAUAUGGGGAUUCGCCCAUCAGAUGCCGGGAAGCUCUUCGACUACUGGGUCAACUUCCUGCCCGGUCAAGGCAGCCGAACCAUUCGUACAGAGGAGGCCAUCUGGAUGGGUUUGAUGAGUCUCCACGGUUUGACAGAGGGGACCCACCGUCUGAGGAAUACAUUCCGACACCAUCAUGAUUGA